GUGAGGGGAGGAGGGCCGGGGCGGAGCGGCGGCUUUGCCCGGGGAACGGCGGUGUUGAGGGCCGCUGAGCCCUUGCUUCGCCAUGCCCGUGAGAUUCAGGGGACUGAGCGAAUAUAAGAGAAACUUCAGAUGGAAAACCCCAGAGUUGUGUAGCUCUUCCCCACAGCAGAAACCCUUGUGGGCAGGGCUGCGGUCGGAUCAGUUUGGAAUCACAAGAGAACCAAACUUCAUUUCUAAGAGAAGGGUACCUUACUAUCAUCCACAGAUUUCCAAGUCCUUUGAAUGGACAGCAGAUUGUGAUUUGAAUGACCAACUUGAAAAUGAGGCUCCUAAAACUGCAGAGUUGCACACAGACCACAACAACAAUGAUGUGAAUCAGGAAAAAAUUGAAACAGAAGGACCCAGGUUCCCCCUGAAGGUUCAGUCAAAUUUGGUAAAUUCCAGAGGUGAAACAGCUCUGGCCCUUGCAGAAAACAAUAUGAAGAGAUCACCCACUGCAGCUCUGCCAAAUCAAAAUGAAGCAUUUGCACCUCCAGAAAAGGAAUUAGAAAAAAUGAGUAAUGGGCUUCACAGAGUCCUUCAGAGGAAAGCAGGCAUGAAUAUUUCACGUUUAAAUACUUUCCCCAGAAAUUCUGAGUAUCAAAGCCAGUUUGUUUGGAGGAGUCCUCAUGAAAAGUCACCAAUACUUGCAGCUGAAGAGGUUAUUUGCAACACAAAUAAAUCCAUGCCUCCAUCGAAAUCUGCAAUUACUUCUGAAACUGCUCUUGAGAGAAAUUUUGAAGGGUCUCCUCCUGUUAAGGGUCCACAAGAAGACAGAAGAGAAUCAGAAGAGAAAGAAUUUCUGAGUAAGAGGGAAGAACCGUUUCAAAAGCCAGGAGAAGAUGCAGCAAAACAAGGGAAAUCAGAACAGAAACAUCCUAAACAAAAAAAUAAGCAACAUAUCAAUCCAAAGCCCCUCUCCUUACAUACAAGUCGUAGGAAGAUGAACACUGAAUAUAAGUCAAAAUUUUUGUCUCCAGCCCAGUAUUUCUACAAAGAUGGAGUCUGGUCUCGUAUUAGGAGUAAAGUUCCUAAUCAAGUAUCUCAAAACACCCUAAAUUCCAUGUGGUAUAUGGAGGUGAGAGAACUUCGAGAAAGAGCAAAGGCUUACAGGCAACAAGUAGAGGGAACACACUUCUCCAGAUACCAUCUCAAUCAGAUCCUCUCUGAUAACAACAGUCUUUGGGAUGUCUCCUCGAAUUCUAGUUCAGAAGAAAGCAUCAGCAACAACAUCAGAGCUCUAGAUCUUGCUGGAGUUUCUGAAAAAGAGACUGCACCAAGCUCUGAAAUGCUGCAGCAGCCAAACUCUGGGGAUCAGCCACACCAGGACAGCACUGAGAAAAAACACUUGUCAGAUGCUCUAACAGUUCCAGUCAAAAAGCGUUUAGCUUGGGGUGAACCAGAAGGUACUGAAAAAAGAGAAAAUCAACAGCCAGCAGAAGAGGAAAGAAAACAAGAUGAAGAGGCUGCAGUUGAGGCCCAGCAGUUAGAAGAAAACAAAAAGGAUGCCAAUGAAGAUAAGAAAAUUGAGGGUGAGAAUGCCUUAGUAUUGAAUUCCUCAGAAGCUGUGUCAAAUUCUUCUUCUAUAUCGUCAAGAACAGGUGGCAGGCUUCCUACUCCAAAGCUGAGAGCACUUGGUGGAGCUCAGAGGACUCAUCAUGAUCUCACUACCCCAGCUGUUGGAGGUGCAGUUCUAGUGUCUCCUCCUAAAUUCAAGUCUUCAUCUUCACAACAGAGAACACGAGGUUUAAGAACAGUCCCUUUUUCAGCUAAGCAAGGUGCAAGAGAAGCUUCAAAGAGAAGGUCCUUCCAGCCUGAUGUGGAACCUGUUUCACUCCUUACCUCUCCACCUGCUGGACUGGGAACUGUAGAUCCUUUGCCACUUAGGCAGGAUCAGUGGCUUCCCAACAAUGUUUCUGAUGAGCAAGUUCCUCUUGCUUCAGUGCAUCAAGAGCAUUCCUCUGCACCUCCUCUGCUGAAGUCAGCCAAAAGCUUCUCUGUGCCUUGCUGGAGUCCCUCUCGUCGUAUUCAAGGGACUCUCAAGGAUCCAGAAUUCCAGCAUAAUGGGAAUCUUGGCAAUCCAAAGAGGAGAUCUUUUCACUUACCCCUUCAGGAAAGAAACCAUAAUGAUGAAGAUGACAGGUUGUCUCAGAUUUCUGCGCGCUCAGCGGCAUCCAGCUCGCUUGCGUCUCAGAUACUGGAACGAGCUCAGAAGAGGAAGGAUUUCUGGGGAAAAACAUAAUCUCUCCUACCUGUUGUGUAGAAAAUGAUCUGUGAAAUGAUUUAUUUUUUAUGGUUUGUAAUGUACAUUUUAAAAAAUUGUGGUUGUAGAUAUCAUGCAGGGUACUUUCCGUAGUUGCUAAUAUGGCCCAACUUUUAAGACCUGCCAUCCCAAAUUAAAAUUUCAAUAUUUACACCACUGUUGAAAAUGUAGGUCUUUUUAUGUCUGAGACUUAUGUCUUAAUUUUAAUCCUCUGUGUCACAACAGCCAUGUGGAGUUCUAUUUUUUUUACAGUGGCACCUUUUGAAACUGAGACAAUUAUUUUUGUAUGCAACAUGUGCAUUACUUUUUAAGGUAUUCUGCUGCAGUCAUGCAGUAUGGCCUGGGACAGUUUACAGGAGCAGCACUAUCAUGCACCAAACACCUCAGUUGCUUGAUUUUAACCAGCUAUCUUAAAAGCAACUGUGAUGUAUUUAUGUUACUCUAUGAAUUGUCAGUGCAAGACUGACUGUAACAAAAAUGUUACUUUUAGUAAAAUUACUUCCAGUGCUUUAAAAAAAGUUGCUUUUUCUACUACUUUUAUUCUUUCACAAAAAAAAUUCUUACCGUUUCUUAAUGAAGCUAGCACGGAACAUACAGGAGUUUGAGAAGAGGACAUGAAGCUUUAAGGUUUGUUCAUUGUCCACAAGUUUUUUACCAGAGUGACUCUUAGAGUUCAGAGUGUAGAGUAUUGCAGUUUAUCAGAUGUACUGAUGUAAAUGUGACUUUUUGCAGGCAAGACCUGUACUUAGUGUUAGUUUCAACUCCACUGGAAAAGCAACCUAAGCCACCUUAAACAGUGGCCUUCCCAGCCCCACUUCAAACUCAGGUAUUUAGGAGUAGUGAAUAGUACUUAAAGUAAACUCAGGAGAAUGUUUGUUUUUUUCUUGGAUUUGACAUUUUAAUUACCUCUCCUCCUAGUUGCCUGUUUCUUGAAAAGUGGCAUACUGUUACAAUUGGCACAGUGAAAAAUGUUCACUUUUAUAUUUUCUCAUCUUUCCAAGCAACGCAAACAAAUUAAUGUGAAGUUGAGGCCAUUGGUGAAUAGCAGGCAUUUUGGUGGUUCUUCUGUGGCUUCAAGUUUUAAUAUUAUGUCGUUUGGAAAUUUUAUACAAGAGCAGUUUGAAUUUUGUACACAUUUCCUUACAUUCCAAUUUUGUACACAAUUAUGUACACAGAUUGCUGAAAUAAAAAAUAUUGAUUUGUUUCUGU